ACUGCACAUAUCAACUCUGCCUUAUAGUAAAGUUGCAAUCUUUGAUCAUCUCGCUCUCUCUGCCCGUUAUUAAGCGCAGUCAGAAAUGGGUUCUGAAGAAUCUUCGCAGGUUAUUGUACCAAGGAGCUUCAGGUUAUUGGAAGAGCUCGAGAGAGGAGAGAAGGGAAUAGGUGAUGGAGCUGUAAGUUAUGGGAUGGAUGAUUCCGAUGAUGUAUACAUGCAGUCGUGGACAGGAACCAUCAUUGGUCCUCCUAAUACUGUACACGAAGGGCGCAUAUACCAGUUAAAACUUUUCUGUGGGAAAGAUUAUCCAGACAUUCCGCCAGCUGUGAGGUUCCAGACACGGAUAAAUAUGAGCUGUGUAAACCUGGAAACGGGUGUGGUCGAACCCAGUCGCUUCUCUAUGCUUUCUGACUGGAAACCGGAGUGCACAUUGGAGGAUAUCUUGAUACAGCUCAAAAAAGAGAUGAUUUCUCCCCAAAAUCGUAAACUGUCUCAGCCUCCUGACGGCAAUGAGGAUUCUAGGUUGGAAAAAGGGAUAGUCCUCAGAUGCUGCAUUCUCUAAUUUAACCGAUUAUUAUUAGUAAUACUACUUUAUUUUUAUAAAUAUUAUUAUUAUGGGUAUUACUAUUGUAAUUAUUUUAUCAUGCACAAAAGAAGUGUAAAAUCCCACGUAGUUUGUGGAAUAUGUAUUGUCCAAAUGUAACAUACUCACUUCAGUAAUCCCAUACAGUAAUUUUAUCUGUU